UCCUCCUCCAACUCCGAAUUGGGCAAGAGAGGGGCUGUGCGUUUGAUUCAUCCGAGCAUCCCCCCCAGGAGCUCUUUGCUGGCCAGUCUGUGUUCCUUGCUGUCACUUCAGCUGCUCCGGGGGAGCUGUCCAGCCGGAUCCUACGGGACUUCCUUCUCAAGAGCUGCAACUCGCGUAUCAAUGGAAAGAUCUCUCUGGGUGGCCUUUUGUCUGGGUGCAACUCUGUUUUUGCUUGAUGAACCUACCCUAGCAGAUGCUACGGAGAAUGGGGAUUAUACCAGCAAGGACACCGAUUCUGUCCGAGGAGGCGGGAAAGACUGGCCGAUGCUGUACGUCACCACCAUCUUGGAAGACCCCUAUGUGAUGGCCAGGGGCACCGAACUGGAAGGCUACUGCAUUGACCUUCUGGAGAAGCUGUCUGAAAUACUGCACUUCCGGUACAAGGUGGGCGUCGUGAAGGACGGGAAAUACGGCUCGUUGAGCACCAACGGGAAUUGGACCGGGAUGAUUGGUGAGAUCGUGAGGAAGGAGGCCGAUCUGGCUGUCGCUCCACUGACGAUCACGUCCAUACGGGAAGACGUCGUGGACUUCACCCAGCCCUUCCUGCACACGGGCAUCGGCAUUCUGCUCGAGAAGGACACCAUCUUGGAAGACGCCUCCCUUUUCCACUUCCUGGCCCCCUUCAGCAAGGAGAUGUGGGCCGGCAUCCUCGCAGCCUACGUGAUCUCCUCCCUCUGCUUGUUCCUGGCUGCCAGAGUGAGUCCCCGUGAAUGGGAUGGAAAUGAAGACACUCCUUUCACCUUUCUGAACAGCCUGUGGUUUGGAGCAGGAUCACUUGCGUUGCAAGGUGCGGUGCCUCUGCCGAAGUCCCUCUCUGUGCGGAUAAUCUCUGCCAUUUGGUGGCUGUUCAGCAUCGUGCUGCUGACCGCCUACAUCGCCGGCUUCAGCUUCGUUUUGGAGUCGGGCUCCGAGCAGCUCUCCAUCCAGACCUUUGAAGACCUGGUGAAGCAGAGGCACCUGGAGUUCGGGACCAUGGCCAGCUCCUCGACCCUGCGCUAUUUCAAGGAAUCCAAGAAUCCAAUUCAGCAGAUGGUCUAUGAGUCCAUGAACAAGAAGAAGGACACCGUUUUAGCCCAGAACUACCAGGAGGCCAUUCAACGUGUGCUGGAUUCAAAUUACGCUUUCAUCGGGGAAACCGUCUCUCAAGACCUGGCUGUUGCUCGGCACUGCAACUUGAUCCGGUCUCCGGAGGUCCUCGGGCCUAGGGGCUUUGGCCUGGCUACCCCACAAGGGUCCCCCUGGACGAACAAGCUGUCAGUGGCGAUCCUGAAACUCGGAGAAGCCGGUGACCUCGACCAGCUUCGCAGCAAGUGGUGGGAGAGCAGCUGCUCCCAUGACGAUCACGACAAGUGGAGCCCGCUGAAACCCCAAGCCCUGGGGGGGAUCUUUCUCAUCCUCGCCCUGGGCCUGGCCCUAGGGAUGAUGGUUGCACUCAUCGAAUUAUCCAAAAAAAGCCGGCGCACAGCGGACCAGGAGAAGAAAUCUUGCUGCUCCGUGUUCAACGAGGAGUUGAGCCAGCGGUUCCGACCAAGAGAAAUCAAGAAGCAAGAAACUGCAGGGAAAUCCAAACCGUGAGACGACGUGUUGGGCGCAGAAGGUCAAAUUGAUAACGAACUUUCUUCUUUUGACCCUACUGUAUAUUCCAUAGUGGAACUCUCUGAGCUCCUUCUAACUGUAGGGGAUUGGCCAGAAAAGGGGGGGGGAAUCUAGAAUAGCUUCCUUUUAAUAACACAAACCUAUGGGGAACCCUCUGUGCGAUGUUGUCCAUAAAUGAAGAGAGAUGGGGAUUUGCUUUGCUCCGGGGUUCUGGUUUCUAACCUUUCUAGUUCUUGAGCCUGCUUGAGCGCACAUUACCCCUUUCUGCCAACUGCAACCUUAGCGAGACGAUGAGCAUCGACAGCAGGCGUUUGGGGACCUAAUCAAAGCGAUGCAAACUGCCCGGCAACAUGGCUGACUGACAGAACAGCGGAGGCUGUGCGAACGAGAGUGGGCAAUCUUCAGGCACGUAGGGCAGCAUUUGGCUCCCAGACAAUCUCUUUUAAAGGAAGAACACGGUUUCUGGUUGUUCCGAGCCGUGGCUAGAUGCUUAAGUGUGCAGGUGAGGCUGGGUGUGACUUCUCAGAGGGAUCGCUAGAUGGCAUUUCUGGCCGUUGCAAGCAGAGCUCUAAGUUGCUGCACUGGUGUAGCGCCUUGGCGCCCCCCCCCCCCCAACUUUUAGGCAAAGUAGAACACUGGCUCUAUGUUUAGGAUUUACACAAUCCUGCUUAUGGAGGCCUGGGAUUUUUUCUUUCCCCCGGAGAGUAUGCAGCCCUGAAAAACUGCCACUGCGGUUGCUGUUAACUAGUUGUUGUCCGUGAGGUGAGGGCCUUUAACCAAAUGCUGAAUGAAAUAUAAGGAAAAUGUAGGGAGGGGCUCCUUGUUGGGCCUUGUAGGAUGAAAGCGGUCAUCGACAAGGGGCUACCCCUGCUGGCCAGGACAGCGGCCUGUGUGCCUGCAACAACCAGGACAUCUUUCCUAAAAGGUCUCAGUCAAGUUCGGUUAUAGCUUAAACUCUGGCAUGAGUCACAAGCCCCAGUUUGUCUGUCUAGGAACAAGGCUCAGGAGAGUCCCGGUCCUCCUGUGCUCUCUUCCUUCCCGUAAUCGGCUGCCACAGCUUAAACGGAACAAACUGCAAACUCUUAAGAACAGAAGGGGAGCCCUAGACCAGUGGUCCAUCUAGAACAGCAUUCUGUCUCACCCAGUGGUCAACCAGUUCCUCAGGAGGGCCAACAACAGGGCAGAGAGGCCAAGGCCUUCUCUUGCUGUUGCCUCCUAGCUGUCGGAUUCAGAGGCUUAGUGCCUCUGAAUGUGGUUCCCCCCUCCUAGCCAGAAUUAAAUGGUAACAAACUGGUGUGCCACAAGAGCAAGGAAAUGGUUCACUCAUUUCCAAGCUGAGUUCAAAAACCAGGAGGCUGAGUCCCAGGGUCUGAUGUUGCAGGGGAAGCACGUCACUAUGCCGGACUGUGACCUGUGUACUGAAUCUGAGGAAGAGUGGACGGAGAGGAGGGAGUGCUGGGCGUCUGUGGUGGAGGGAAGCGCGUGCCGCUGAUCUGUAUCGAGUGAAGGGGCAGACGAGGCUGGGAUGCAGCCUGUUACCGUACAAGCAAGACAGAUGUUUUAUACGUGCUCUUUGCCCCCGUAGAGAUAUUAGAACGCCCUUCUACAGGGCAGUGGGAACUUAAAAAAAAAAAAAAAAAGGAAGACAGCUUGCUUUGUAAACAGGACAAAGGAAUAGAAGCCUUUUCAUAUGUAUCACAAAACAUGACUAAAUAAUAAAGGGAGUUGUG